AUGGCAUUUGGUGCAGAUGAUCCAUUUUCUGGCUGGGCUCCGUCGAAAGAUGAGUUCGAGAAAUUCGCUAGCAGCCGCCUGACGGCCGCGUCCCUCCGGGCGAUGGACAAAAAGGUCGGACUNNAAAGGCUUGAUUGCGCUUUCUUGCUGUCCAGUGAGGCAAUCGCAUUGCACCAAGACGUGAGACGCUUGGUGCUGAUGAUCCGCUACCGGGCGUGCAACUACAACCUGGAGACGAGGACCGGGCUCAUGGGGAUUUUCCACCUGGAGGAUUCUACUAGCGCGUCGUUGGUGUUGGCGUGUGAGAGCAUCUUGUGGAAUUUUGUCGAAGAGGAUGCUGCAAAGUAUGACGCACUGCGACACAAGGUGAUCCUGAUCAACGCGGACGCGGCCCCUGACGAGCAACUUGCUGGUCGUUUGAUGCAGACGAACGAGGGGCUGUACCCAUCGGCCAAAGCUGUGACGCGAGACCGAUGUCACGCUGCAAGAAGACUAUUGCAGAGGCCGUUCAAAGCAGUUCCGGUGAUCUGGGAAACGUUCAGUGCCUUGGUUUGGGGCUCGCAGUCCAUGCCGAGUACCAUCCAGAGCUCUGACGUUUUGAGAGCAGUCUUCAAUAAAUACACCCGCGCCACUGAAUCCACCAUACGGGGAGAUCGCAUCAAAUCGCUGUCUCUCAGAAAGCAACGAUUCGACUCACACCAAAAAGUAACUGGGCGGCUGUGCCUCUGGCUGGAAGCCACAGUCAUGACAGCAAUCUACGCAGCCACUUUCAGAAGAGGUGAGCGCGACGGGGAUAGGGCAGUGCAAUUCUUGCGCGACAUCUCCGAAGAAAAGAUGUUGCUGCUUGCCAUGGUCGCGGACUUUUCCGACGAAGCCACCUCCGUGAUUCGGAUGAUGGACACGGAGGACAGCGACAUUGCCGGUCAUGUCAUGGAGUUGGACAGCUUUGCCAGCCGGGUGAAGCAUUUGUUUGUGGAUGAGAAGGCCACGGGUUCUGGGUACACCAAGUUCGUCUUGGAACAGCUCGAGAAGCGGAUUGCGUUCACAGUCGAUGGCCGGCCAAGAUGCUUGGGCGGGCCCAACAAGGUGACGCAGCCCAUGCUUGCCAGAUGCUUUCAGGCCAUGAAAACCUUGGUGGCGCUUUGCAGUGAAGUCAUUGCCUCCGAGUACCCGUCUUACGAGCUGCUCUCAUCGCUGCACAUUUUCGCAGUGUCUGAGGCCACGCGGAAGAAUCGACAAGAAUCAGCGGACUAUGUCAGUUCACUGCACACCGCGGCGCAGCGGUUGUGCAAGAUCUUCGAUGCUUCAUGGGAAGAUUUCCUGCAGCAGUACUGGGACAUCAAACCCAUUGCCUGCCAUCAUAAUUCCUCCAGGAAUUGCAGCAGCUUCGAGUCCUGGAAGUUCGCGCUGGACAGCGUCAAUCGUCGCCAAUCCACUCGACUACAACAUCCUUCCGAGCAACUACGCUGGGUGCUGAUUCAGUUCGGAGCACUGGAUGGCGCAACCACUUCGGGAGUAGAGCAACAUUUCUCCCGGAUGACACGCAUCAUCCCUGAGGAGAGGCUGCUGUUGUCGGAGCAGAACAAGAAUCUGAUCUUCAUUCAGCAUUAUGUUCACCGAGGCCCACAUUA